ACAUCUCGACUGGCUUUUUGGCAGACUCACCAGCUUAGUCGGCUUGUCGGUGAAUCGAUCAGCCAACAACCUCCUCGACGACGAGACAUCACAAUGGCGGAACAGCUGUAUGUUGUUCUUGGUUGUUGAGCAUAGUCAUGUCAGAUUUUCGACUGCUAAGGGCUAUUCUAGAGCACUCAUGGGAAAAAGCGCGAACUCUGGUAGCCGAACACCCUCAUUUGGUCUAUGUGGGGUCCUUUUCCCGCUGUGACUACAUACAUCUCAACAACAACAAUGAUGAUGACAAUUCGAAUGACGACAAUGACGACGAUUCCAGCAACGGACUCUUGCAACGACGGGGUGCCUUGCAUGAACUCUGUCGUAUUUGCGACGCUUUGAAUGAAGAAGAAGAUGACAGCGAGGUGGACGAAAGUAGUUCUAGACAUUUCAUGGCGGAAAAGCAGCAAAUCCUGCAGCUGGCCACGGAUAUGAUCCGAGCAUCCCAUGGCGCCAACAAUCGCCAUGAAUGGGAACAACCAAAACAAGAAUACUGCUUCGAACGAUCCAUUUUACUACUCUAUGAAGGAGAUCAAACACCGCUCCACAUUUUGCUGUCACGAAAUGUUGACAUGCAAAUGAUUGCAGUUCUCUUGGAAAGCAUCACACUAGAACGAAGCAGGGCAACCAUUCAAGUUCCGACUGUCUUGGAGUUGUUGACCAAUCAAAACAGCUUGGGUGUCACACCCCUUCAUUACUUGGCCAACUGCAGAUCAUGCCCCGUACCACAUCUGAGGAGAAUUCUACAGUAUGCUGCUGAGGAACAACAAUCCACAAUCUCAUCAUCAUCCUCGCUAAUGGAGGAGGCAAUGUGCAUGCAAGACAUUGAUGAUUUCGAAAAUCCAAUGCACUGGGCCAUGAGCUCACCAGUCUCCCCAAAACAGUUUGGAAUCCUGCUCGAAUAUGGAGGAGCCAAAGCUCUGUGGCGACUCAAUUUGGGGGGAGAAUUUCCUCUUCAUGUGUUUGCCAAUGCCUGCCAGUCUGAUCUGUUGUUAUGCGACGAGGAUGAAGUGGUCGCAACAGAAGCCAAUAACCUACGUGCGUUCGAAGAGUUUCUAAAGGUUGCCAUGGAGCAUUUAUGUCAUCCCAAAGAAGAGGAUUCAAUGGACGACAAACAGACAAGAUGGCUGCCGUUGCAUCACAUGGUGUCAUCCAUCUGCUUUCCGUGUCCUGGGUACAUGUUGAACAUUGCACAACGCGAAUACUGCAGCGAAAAUGAUGCAAUUACGCAAUAUGAUGACAACGGGUUGCUACCUCUGCACUUGGCUUUGCUAGCCCCCAGGCAAAGUACUUGGCGAGCAAUGCUCUCUGGGGAGGCCGCCAAACAAGCCGCCACAAACAACAACAAAAUUAUUUGCAAGCUUUUGGAACAAUCAGAGAGAUCUUCCCACAUGGUAUCUCGGAAGGAUGGACGUCUACCACUGCACUAUGCAGUCGAGGCAAACUUGGAAUUGGGAACGAUCUUAGAACUCGUGGGAAAAUACCCUGGUGCUCUGUCAUUGCCAGACCCAGUCACAGGGCUCCAUCCUUUCGCCUUAGCUGCAGUCAAGGACAACGCCUGUUUGGAUGUGCUGUUUGAGUUGGGUAGGUUAUGUCCUACUGUCCUGGAAAGUUAGCUAGCUAUCUGGAACAUUGGACGCUCAGCAAGAAAAUGAAUAUGCUGAACAACAACGAAUUUUAUCCAUGAAUUUUGCGUAUGUUCUCAGUGAUGCUGAGGAAAGCUGUGAUGCUUUCUCUGAUUGUGCGCAUUGUAUGCAAGAAAUACAGGCACUGUGUCUCGGGGACAGAUUCCACGAGUUUGCUGUGGCACCGAGGCAGAUACUGUACAGUAUUGGGCUUAGCCAAACCUUGGAUCGUGAGUACCACGGUUUGAACCAUGCCCACGACAUGAAGGCUCCGGUAUCUCCUUUGCAGCAUGUGCUCCCAAUUUCGCAGAAAAGGCAGGCACUGGAGCAAACGAGCCAGAAAAACGAAAGGAAAUCUAAACUAGGAAGUACAAGUACCGGUAUCUCACAAAGUGUCGUCCUCCUCAACGAGACCAAAAUCAUUGUCUCUAUUCAGGAUACUGGAAAAUACCCGAGG